AGCAUGUCGCAGACAAUGGAAGCAGCGCCGCCGCGGACAGACGAGCACGACGAGGCGAUGCAGGUGCUCGACGACAAGACGAUGAGCAGCAGCGCGCCAGGCAGCGAGGCGCAGGCGGCCGCGCCCGAGGAGCUGCCGCUGUACCUCACCAUGCCGUGGCACCGCAAGAUGGCGACCUACAUCGUGCUGUGCAUCAUGACGCUCGCGCUCACCUACUCGUCGACGGCCUAUGCUUCGUCAAUACACAAGCUCCAGGAGCACUACCAGGUCGGGCCUGUCGUGAUCUAUCUCGGCAUAUCGCUGUUUGUUCUCGGCUUUGGACUUGGCCCGCUCGUCUGUGGCCCAUUGGCUACGAUCUACGGCAAGCGGCCCGUCUAUAUUGCGUCGUACACUGCUUUCACUGCAUUCUCGUUUGGAGCCUCGGAGACAAACAACAUUGGCGUGCUCCUCGUUAUGCGCUUCCUGGCCGGCGCAUCGGGCAGCUCGUCUCUGAACAACGUGCCGGCUUCGAUGAGCGACAUCACCGACCCGACGCAGAUGGCAGGCACACUCAUCUACUACGCGCUCGCUGCCUUCGGUGGGCCUGGCCUCGGCCCCGUCAUCGCUGCUUUCAUCGACCGGCGUGCCGGCUGGCGCUGGAACCUGCGCGUGCAGGCCAUCUUCGUCGCCGUCAUGACUGUGGCGUGCAUCCUGCUCGUGCCCAAGACGGAGAAGGCUGCAGCCGUUGCCGUCAAGGGGAGCAAGGCUGCCGAGCGCGAGAAGAUGAAGCGAGUCUUCAAGCGGGCAUUCAAAGGGCCGUUCGUGUGGCUCAUCCAGGAGCCCGUCGUGCUCGCCAUCUGCAUCUACCUCAGCGUCCUGUAUAGUAUCCUGUACUGUUUCUUCAAUUCGUUCCCCGCCGUUUUCGUCGGUAUCCGGGGUUUCGGUGCCGAGAGCGCCGGCCUGGUGUUCAUCAGCCUCCUCAUCGGCUUCCUCGGCGCCACGCUCGUUGCAGUCUUCAUGCAACAGCCCUACGAGGACCGCGAGCGUGCGAAGCUGCCCAAGGGCACGCCGCUGUCACCCGAGGCACGCUUCCAACAGGCACUGUGGGCCGCCAUCUUCGCGCCCAUCGGCCUCUUCCUCUUCGCGUGGACGGCGCCGUUCCCGCGCGUGCACUGGAUCGUGCCGUGCAUCGGCAUGGCGCUUUUCGCCUUCAGCAUGAUGACGAUCUUCACGAGCCUGAUUCCGUACCUCGCCGCCUACGCCGGCCCCGUCGACGCGCCGCUCGCGCUGGCCGCGGGGACGACGUCGCGCGCCGUCAUGGCCGCGUCGUUCCCGCUUUUCUGCCCAGCCAUGUUCCGGGCCCUGACGAUCCAGGGCGGCGUAAGCAUGCUGGCUGGCCUGACCCUCAUUCUCGUGCUCGUGCCCCCUCUGCUGCGCCGGUACGGGCCACAGCUUCGCGCGCGCAGCCGGCGAGUGCAGACGUGACGCUUCGUGUAGACGUGUUGUAAUUCUAGG